AUCCGCCGCCUCGUCGGAAUCCGGUCUUCUCCAUACCAAUUCAAACCGUCUUCCUAUAAGAAACAGCUCGCAUCAUAAAAACCCCUGACAUUUCACACAGCCUUCGACCGUCUUCACUCCGCGAGCGAGCGAUGGAGGGAGACGACGUCGAGGCCGCCGGCGUCGUCAUCGCCGGCGCCGGCCUCGCCGGGCUCGCGACGGCGCUCGGGUUACACAGGAAAGGGGUGAGGAGCUUGGUGCUGGAGUCGUCGGCGACGCUGCGGGCGUCGGGGUACGCGUUCACGACAUGGACGAACGCCUUCCGCGCACUCGACGCCCUCGGCGUCGGCGACAAGAUCAGGGAGCACCAUCUGCUCUACGAGAGGAUGGUGACAUUCUCUGCAUCUACGGGCAAGCCAGCCGCGACAGUGAGCCUACAGAUGCAAGGCAAAAGUGGGCCGCACGAGAUUCGGUGCGUGAAGCGGAACUUCCUACUAGAGACGCUGGAGAACGAGCUGCCGGAGGGCACCAUUAGGUUCUCUUCCAAGAUCGUCUCGAUCGAGGAAGAAGGCAAUGCCAAGCUCCUACAUUUGGCCGAUGGCUCAACCAUAAGAGCAAAGGUGCUGAUAGGAUGCGACGGCGUGAACUCCGUGGUGGCGAAGUGGCUUGGCCUGCCAAAGCCAAUCAUCUCCGGCCGCUCGGCCACCAGGGGCCUCGCCGAGUACCCGGCCGGCCACGGCUUCGGCCCGGAGAUCAUGCAGUUCAUCGGACAGGGCUUCCGCUCCGGCGUGCUGCCCUGCUCCGACACCUCCGUGUACUGGAACUACACCUGGUACCCCUCCCCAGAUGACGGCGACGCGGAGGAGAGCGUGGCGAAGAUGCGGGGCUACGUGCUGGCGAAGCUGCGGGCGGCGAAGAUCCCGGCGGAGGCGCUGAACGUGAUCGAGCGGAGCGAGAUGAGCGACGUGGUGUCCUCGCCGCUGAGGUUCCGGUCGCCGCUCGCGCUCGUCCGUGGCAGCAUCAGCAGGGGCAACGUCUGCGUCGCCGGCGACGCCUUCCACCCGAUGACGCCCGAGCUCGGGCAGGGCGGCUGCGCGGCGCUCGAGGACGGCGUCGUCCUCGCCCGCUGCCUGAGCGACGCGUUCGUCGGCGCCGGGCACGACCCGGGGUACGAGGCCGUCGCGGCGGCCCUGGAGAAGUACGCCGAGGAGAGGAGGUGGCGAGGCAUCUGGCUGAUCACGGCGGCCUACCUCGUCGGCUUCAUCCAGCAGAGCAACAACGCGGUGAUCAAGUUCCUCAGGGAGAAGUUCUUGUCAGGAUUGCUGGCCAAAACUCUGGUCGCCAUGGCCGAUUACGAUUGCGGAAAGCUUUGAUUAAGUUCACGAGAAAUCAAGAAGAAAACAAAUGAAGUGGCGGUGAAAGUGAGAGCCGUCUUAAUUAGCACAUGGAACAAUCUUGUAAUGUUGUUAACCAAGCACGAGAGCGCGAGCUUAAAGUCCACCGUACAAUGUACUACUCACGUACACACUCACCAUGGCAGCAUUUGACUUGUGGGUACUGUGUCCCAGGUAAGUUUGUUCUACGAGCAAUUUUACCAUCAUUAAGAAAGUAUUAAGAGGUACCACUUUUUUCUAUGUAAAAUUUAAUAUCUUCUAGUACUUUUUUCUAUGUAAAAUUUGAUACCUUCUGGUACCUGAAAAAAGUGAAAGUGAUAGCUCGUGGUACCUCAUCUCCUCGGAAAAAAGCUCUUGUUCUAUAACCAAAAUAAGUUCUUGGAGUGCAAGGUAAACCGCAUCUUGGAAUGAUUUAAAGACACAAUGAUAAAUAUGAU